AUGCCAGGACUAUACUCCUUCUCCCCGGAGACGAAGGAGAAGCUGCGCAAGUUUCGCUUGAGCUCGUCGCGAGCUAAGGAGCCCCAGGCUCAGAUCUAUGAAAUCGACAAGAACACCGGAGAGAUCCGCCCCAAGAAUGACGAGACCUACUCCAACAUGAUGGACCUGGCCGACGACCUGCCCGAGACCUCGCCGCAGUUUAUUGUUCUAAGCUACCCUUUGACGCUGAAGGACGGCCGCCUCUCUGUCCCUUAUGUCCUCCUCUACUACAAACCCGAGAACUGCAAGACCGAUACUAUGUAUCAGUACGCCAACGCAAUUGAAUUGAUGCGCACCACCGCUGGAGUCAAUCGGCUGAUUCCUGUUGAGAGCGAGGACGAUGUCAUCUCGAUCGCCUCUAAACUGGCCGGCGACGAGUAA